UGGUGUUGCGGCGCCCGCGCUCCACAGGCUCAGGCUAUUUCUGAUGCUUGGAAGCUAUCCUUUCAGCCGUAAGGAUGGUAAUAAAUCUUUGCCUCCCACAGUUCAGACCAAGAAUUUACUGCAACAAGAUAUCAGCUGAUGGUUAUGAAGUAGAAAAUCUCAUCUCUGAAGACCUCACAAAGAGAAGUCAUGGUUUUAGGACAGAGUAUUUCAUUAAGCCACCAGUCUAUGUGACAGUUUCCUUUCCCUUCAAUGUGGAAAUCUGUAGGAUUAACAUAGACCUCACAGCUGGGGGAGGCCAGAAUGUCACUGGCCUGGAAAUGUAUACAUCUGCCUUGUCCAGCAGAGUGUCUUGGAAUACCCCCGAGUGCCAGACCCCAGGCCCAGAUGAGCCAUCCAUUCCGGACAAAGAAGCGUUCACUUUGGUGGGCAAAGUCUUGUUGAAAGACCAGAGCCAAGUGGUGUUUAGCCACAGGGGCUUCAAAGCCAGGCCACCUUUUGGCCCGAUGGAAGCCACACUUCCCUCCCCUGCCGUUGUGGCCCAGGAGCUCUGGAAUAAAGGGGCUCUUUCUCUUAGUCAUGUGGCCCAUCUCAAGAUUUGUAUCACCCAUGUGACAGGCAGUGGUAUCCCUUGUAUCAAGCGGUUGGAAGUAUGGGGUCAGCCAGCCAAAACCUGCUCUCAGGAGGUGAUAGACAGUGUUUUGCUGGUUGCCUCAGAGAGCCUCCCUCAGGACUUGUCUCUACAGACACCGGCCUUACCCAUGGAGAGUGACUGUGAUCCUGGGGGCCAGUCUGAGGGCCAGCAGGCCCCCUCCAGCCUACUGGAGCUGGCUGAGGUAAUUCGGGAAGUACCUGAAGAGUUCCUGGAUCCCAUCACCCUGGAGAUUAUGCCUUACCCCAUGCUGCUGCCCUCAGGCAAGGUCAUUGACCAGAGCACGCUGGAGAAGUGUAACCGUAGUGAAGCCGCAUGGGGCCGAGUGCCCAGUGACCCUUUCACAGGAGUAGCCUUUACUCCACACUCCCAGCCCCUGCCUCACCCCUCCUUGAAGGCCCGGAUCGACCAUUUCCUGCUCCAGCACUCCAUCCCUGGCUGCCACCUGCUUGGGAGAGCACAGACUGCAUUGGCAGUGACCCCUUCUUCCAUUGCUCUGCCCUCUCAGAAAAGGAAGAUGGAGCAGGGCGAACAUGCCCCAGACAGUAGCCUUGGCUUAAAUGCUUCCUGUUUUUCUACCACAAGCCUUCUGGUCUCACCCACUACCUCAGAGCACACUGCUAAGAAAAUGAAAGCUGCCAGUGAGCUCAUGGAUUGUUCAACAGGUCCAGUAUCCCAUGAGCAAAAGCUGUCGCAAAGCUUGGAAAUUGCCUUGACGUCAACCCUUGGCUCCAUGCCCUCCUUCACAGCUCGGCUGACCAGGGGACAGCUCCAGCACCUCAGCACAAGAGGGAGCAGUACUUCCUGGAGGCCAGGCUCCAGCUCGGAGCAGCCUGGGAGCAUCCUGGGCCCCGAAUGCACAUCCUGCAAAAGAGUGUUCUCUCCCUACUUCAAAAAGGAGCCCGUGUACCAGCUUCCCUGUGGCCAUCUCCUGUGCCGGCCCUGCCUGGGUGAGAAGCAGCGCUCCCUGCCCAUGACAUGCAUAGCCUGCCAGCGGCCAUUUGCCAGCCAGGACGUUCUGCGGGUUCACUUCUGAGUGACUGGCCUCAACCUGAGAAGACCCAUCGCUGGGAGGAGCUGAGGAGGAACGAGUGGGGGGUCAAAGCUCCUGAAGUCUGGCCAGGUCCCAGGCACAGGGGGGCCUCUGCUUUCUCGUGGGCUUUCCCUUUGUCUCCUCCCAAAGCAUAGCACAUGG